CUCUAUUUAAUCUCUCUCCCUUCCUCUUUCCCUCUCACAUCAUUUCAAACCAAUUCCACUCUUCUCUUCUCUAUUGCCUACAAAAUCAUCAUUUCUUCUUCAUAUACAUGUCUAGCUGCUGUCAUAACAUGACGAAUAUGUUUCAAUCUUUUGGUCCUGAUGAUUUUUUGAGUAGCCGGUGCAUAUGGGUGAAUGGACCGGUCAUAGUCGGGGCAGGUCCCUCAGGUCUUGCCGUUGGCGCCGGGCUUAAAAACCAAGUUGUGCCAUUCAUAAUCCUUGAACGAGCAAACUGCAUUGCCUCUCUUUGGCAGAAAAGAACUUAUGACCGUCUUAAGCUUCAUCUUCCUAAGCAAUUUUGCCAGCUACCCAACUUUCCAUUCCCUGAUGACUUCCCUGAAUACCCCACCAAAUAUCAGUUCAUAAGCUAUCUCGAGUCCUAUGCGAAACAGUUUGAUAUUAACCCGCAUUUCAACGAGACGGUGCAGUCUGCCAAAUACGAUGAAACUUUCAGUCUGUGGCGAGUCAAAACGGUUUCAACCAGCGGUCCGAAUCCUAUCGGAGUUGAAUAUAUUUGUCGGUGGCUCGUGGUCGCCACAGGGGAAAAUGCAGAGAAAGUUGUUCCUGAAUUCGAAGGCUUGCAAGAUUUCGGCGGUCAUGUUACACAUGCAUGUGACUAUAAAUCUGGUCAGAGUUACAGCGGAGAACGUGUUCUAGUCGUUGGAUGUGGCAAUUCAGGCAUGGAGGUCUCUCUCGAUCUCUGUAACCAUAAUGCAAAUCCAUCGAUAGUUGUUCGGAGCUCAGUUCAUGUCUUGCCGAGGGAAGUUUUCGGCAAAUCGACUUUCGAAUUGGCAGUGUCGAUGAUGAAGUGGCUACCCCUUGGGGUUGUUGAUAAGAUAAUGCUCAUUCUGGCGUGCUUAAUACUAGGAAACACAGAGAAAUAUGGCAUGAAAAGGCCGUUAAUUGGACCAUUAGAGCUGAAAAACACUGCAGGAAAAACACCUGUACUGGACAUAGGUGCGUUGGAAAAGAUCAGAUCCGGUGAAAUCAAGAUUGUCCCAGGGAUAAAAAAGUUCUCCAGGGGAAGAGUUGAGCUUGUCAAUGGCCAAACUCUUGAGAUUGAUUCUGUAAUUCUUGCAACUGGGUAUCGAAGUAAUGUUCCUUCAUGGCUAAAGGAUAAUGAGUUUUUCUCAGAAGAAGGGGUACCAAAGAAGCCAUUCCCCAAUGGUUGGAAAGGGAAAAGUGGAUUAUACGCAGUAGGGUUCACAAGGAGAGGCAUUUCUGGAGCAUCAUUGGAUGCUAUCAGUGUAUCACAUGACAUUGCCAAAUGCUGGAAAGAAGAAACAAAGCACAAGAAAACAUCCAUGGCUGCUAGGCAUAGGAGAUGCAUUUCCCAUUUCUAA